AUGACCCUUGAUCGUGCAUUGGACUUCUACAACAAUUAUGCUCGAUAUGUUGGAUUUGACACCCGUAAAAAGGGAUCGAAAAAGGAAAAAGAUGUCACUACUUGGAUUUACGUGGUGUGUAGCCGAGAAGGUACAAAGCAAAGAAACAGUGAACAAUCUGAGGUGAAACGAAAGCGUUCUUCUAUUAAGUGCUAUUGUAAUGCUAAAGUGUCUUGGAAGUAUAUUAUGGGUGUUGGUUAUGUUAUACAAAGUUUCGUUGAAGAACAUAAUCACGAGAUGGUUGAGGAACGCCAUAAGCGUUUUAUGAAUUUGAACCGUAAUUUGGAUUUAGUCCAUCAGAAAUUCAUCCUCGAUUGUGCUAAUGCAAAUAUUGGUCCAACUUUAAGUUUUAGCUUACUUAAAGAAGUGCUUGGUGGAUUAGAUUAUGUAGGGUGUACUGUUUUAGAAGUGCGCAACUAUAGACGUGACCUUAGAGCAUAUGUGGAAGGAGCUGAUGCACAAAUGUUAUUGAAUGAGUUGCGAAGGAAGAAGGAGUUGUGUAGUGCAUUUACAUAUGAGUAUGAGGUCAACUCAAAGGAUAGGAUGACACGAUUGUUUUGGUGUGAUCCUACUGCCAGAAGAAACUACCAUUUGUAUGGAGAUAUUGUUUCGUUUGAUACGACAUACUCAACAAACAGAUACUGUAUGAUAUUUGCUCCUUUUACGGGCAAGGAUAAUCAUGGUCGCCCUGUGACAUUUGCUGCUGGCCUUUUGUCCAAGGAAAAUGCCAACUCCUUUUCAUGGUUAUUUAACCAAUUUGUAAAGUGUAUGGGUGUGGCUCCCAAACUCAUUGUAACCGACCAAGACUUAGGAAUGAAAGUUGCUGUUGAGGAGGUCCUUGUCAAUACAAGACACCGGUGGUGUAUGUGGCACGUUAUGAAUAAAGUUGCUGACAAAUUGCCAAAGAACAUGCUUGGUAGUGAACAAUUAAAGAAGGAACUGAAUGCAUGUGUAUGGUCAGAGUUGAUAGAACCUGAUGCAUUUGAGGAAACUUGGCAUGCUAUAAUGGAAAGAUAUGGGCUGACCAAUAAUGUCUGGUUUUCAUCAAUGUUUGCAUCCAGAAAAUUUUGGGUUCCAGCCUUUUUCCGUGAUUUUCUGAUGAGUUCGUUGAUAAAGACAACUUCUAUAUCUGAAUCACAGAAUAACUUCUUCAAAAGGUACUCAAAGUCUCGGGCUAACCUUAUGCAAUUUUAUAUGAACUAUAAUCAUGCUCUGGAGACUCAAAGAAGUAAUAGUGCAAAGCUUGAAUACUAUGAUUCAACAAAAGUACCUAUUUUGCGAGCAGGAUUGGAAAUCGAGAAGCAUGCAUCGACGAUAUAUAGUGGUAGUGCAUAUACUGAAAUUCAAGAAGAGAUAGUAUAUGCAUGUUUCUCUUUGUCUUGUGCAACUCUAGGAGUGUCUACCAAUACAGAUAUUGAAGUAUAUGACAUAAAGGACAAGGAUUCAAACUCAUGGACAGUGACUUACUCCAUUGGUGAUGACACCUAUUUGUGUGGAUGCAAAAAAUUUGAAAGACUUGCACAAAGCAUUGAAGGGAACAUUGAUCAAAUCAAUGCAUUCGCUGCAAUUAUUGAAGAAGGUAGGAAGCAGCUUCUUGGCGAAGAUGUUGUUCUGUCUUCCACACAGAAGAGAGCAAUGAUUGAGAACUUCUAUGGCUCACAUGUCCCGAACAAUAUUGAAGUUCAUUCUCCUGAGGUUGUUAGUACAAAGGGAAGUGGAAGUAGGAAGAAAUCGAAGAGGGAGUCAGCAAUAAAGUUAGCAAUGAAACCAGGCCGAAAGUGUGGAAACUGUCAUGAGAUUGGACACCAUGAUUCUAGGAACUGCAAAAAGGUUAAUGAGAAGUCAAAUCAGAGGCAAUGA